GAAAACUCAUGACAUUUGGGAGAAAUCAAAGACACAACGAAUUAGAGAAAUGGGAAAGCUAAACCUAAUUCUAUUGCUUUGCUCCAUUGCUAUUACCAUAUUCUCAAUUCCAUUUGCUCAUGCCAAUAUUUCCCAAGGACCAAAAGCAAUAGAACAAUGGUUCGAAAAACUAUCCCAUGCAAAACCAAAAAUAACCAAACUUCAUUUCUACUUUCACGAUAUAGUUAGUGGCAAAAACCCAACUGCAAUACCAAUUGCACAAGCCAAUUCUACUUCUCAUUCUCCUACAUCUUUUGGUCUGUUAGCAGUUUUAGACGAUAGAUUGACAAUAGGACCAGAAAUCAAUUCAACAACUAUUGGACGAGCUCAAGGAAUUGUAGGUGCAGCUUCUAUUGAUGAGUUUAGUUUAUUAAUGAGUCUUAAUUUUGUGUUUACUAAUGGGAAAUAUAAUGGUAGUACACUUAGUCUACUUGGCCGUAACACAGUUUUAAAUGAAUAUAGAGAAAUGCCGAUUGUCGGUGGUUCUGGUGUUUUCCGGCUAGCUCGCGGCGUCGCCACCGCAAAGACGUAUUUUUUGAGUAAUAGUAGUGGUGAUGCUAUUGUUGAGUAUAAUGUUGUAGUAUUGCAUUACUGAGUUGUAUUUGUUGCAUGCUGGGAAUGGAGUUGCUGAUUUUAUUAUUUUGUUUUUGAAUCUCUAUUUCUAUGGUGUUUUUCAUUUUUUAUUUCAGUAUUUGUGUAAUUUGACAUCAUGUUGAGACUUGAGUUUACAUUUUAUAAGACGAGAAAUAAAUUAUAGUUGUGAAAA